AUGCUUCACCGCAUCACCCACUCCUCUUCCCCCUCUCUUCUUCUUCUUCCGCGUCUUCUCUCUCACCAACCCUUCCCUUCUUCAAAUUUCAAAUUCCCUUUCUCACUCUCACCAAAACCUCUCACUCUCAAGGUCCUCUCCAUGGCUUCAUCUCAUUCCAUCCACAAGCACACAAACCGACUCGCUUCCGAACAGAGCCCUUACCUUCUCCAACACGCGCACAACCCUGUUGAUUGGUAUCCGUGGGGCGAAGAAGCCUUCGCUGAAGCGCGCAGGCGUGACGCGCCUAUCUUCUUGUCAAUUGGCUACAGCACUUGUCACUGGUGUCAUGUUAUGGAGGUCGAGUCUUUCGAGGACGAAGCGGUUGCCAAGUUGUUGAACGAUUGGUUUGUUAGCAUUAAGGUGGAUCGAGAGGAACGACCAGAUGUUGAUAAGGUAUACAUGACGUAUGUGCAGGCUUUGUAUGGGGGAGGAGGUUGGCCUCUGAGCGUGUUUCUUUCACCAGACUUGAAGCCUUUGAUGGGUGGAACUUACUUCCCCCCGGAUGAUAAGUAUGGACGACCUGGAUUUAAGACUAUACUUAGAAAGGUAAAACAGGCUUGGGACAGUAAGAGGGAUAUGCUGAUUAAGAGUGCAGCAUAUGCUAUUGAACAGCUUUCUGAGGCAAUGUCUGCUAGUUCAGAUUCUGAUAAACUGCCCGAUGGGGUUCCGGCUGAUGCAUUACGUCUGUGCUCAGAGCAGCUCUCGGGGAGCUACGAUUCAAAGUUUGGUGGGUUUGGAUCUGCACCAAAGUUUCCCAGACCAGUUGAGAUAAACUUGAUGCUUUAUCAUUCCAAAAAGUUGGAGGAGACAGGAAAUUUGGGUGGAGCUAAUGGAAGUCAGAAAAUGGUUUUCUUUAGCUUGCAAUGCAUGGCAAAAGGUGGGAUUCAUGAUCAUAUUGGAGGGGGCUUUCACAGAUACAGCGUAGAUGAGUGCUGGCACGUUCCACAUUUUGAGAAGAUGCUAUAUGAUCAAGGGCAGCUUGCCAAUGUAUAUUUAGAUGCGUUUUCUAUCACUAAAGAUACCUUCUAUUCAUAUAUAUCACGGGAUAUCCUCGAUUAUUUAAGGAGAGAUAUGAUUGGUCCAGAGGGUCAAAUCUUUUCAGCAGAGGAUGCUGACAGUGCAGAGACAGAAGGAGCUGCAAGAAAAAAGGAAGGAGCCUUUUACAUAUGGGCAAGCAAAGAGGUUCAAGACAUACUUGGAGUGCAUGCUCCUCUUUUUGAGGAACACUAUUACAUAAAGCAAUCGGGUAACUGUGACCUAUCUGAAAUGAGUGAUCCUCACAACGAAUUCAAAGGAAAGAAUGUCCUAAUUGAGAAAAAGGAACCUUCAGAACUGGCAUCAAAAUAUGGUAUGUCAGUUGAGACAUAUCAAGAAAUUCUUGGAGGAUGUAGGCUUAAGUUGUUUGAAGCUAGGUCAAGGCGUCCAAAGCCAAAUUUGGAUGACAAGGUUAUUGUAUCUUGGAAUGGAUUGGCAAUCUCAUCUUUUGCUAGGGCUUCUAAGAUUCUCAAGAGCGAAGCUGAAGGGACCAAAUUCUACUUUCCUGUUGUCGGUACGGAACCAAAGGAGUACAUGAGAAUUGCAGAAAAAGCAGCAUUUUUUAUUAGGAAGGAACUUUAUGAUGUGGAGACUCGCAAGCUAUACCAUAGUUUCAGACGUUCUCCAUCUAAAGCUCCUGGUUUCUUGGAUGAUUAUGCUUUUCUGAUUUCAGGAUUGCUAGAUCUCUAUGAGUUUGGUGGUGGAAUUAGCUGGCUUCUAUGGGCCAUUGAAUUGCAGGAAACCCAGGAUACUUUGUUUCUUGAUAAGGCCGGAGGUGGAUAUUUCAAUAAUACAGGAGAAGAUCCUUCAGUUCUCCUCCGCGUGAAAGAAGAUCAUGAUGGGGCAGAACCGUCUGGAAACUCAGUUUCUGCUAUAAAUCUUAUAAGAUUGGCUUCCAUGGUUUCUGGAAGUAAGGCUGAGAACUAUAAGCGAAAUGCAGAACAUCUAUUGGUCCGUAAACCCCUUGCCCCUCUCCUCCUAAAAACUGUUCCUUCUCAUAUAUAUGACAAUAUUGGGAUGGGAUUAUUUGAGGCAGUUUUUGAGAAAAGAUUGAAAGAUAUGGCUAUGGCAGUGCCUCUAAUGUGUUGUGCAGCAGACAUGUUGCGUGUUCCUUCUCGGAAACAAGUGGUCGUGGUUGGUAGAAGAACGUCUGAGGAAUUUGAAAACAUGCUUGCUGCAGCUCAUGCAUUAUAUGAUCCUAAUAGAACAGUUAUUCAUAUAGAUCCCAACAACAAAGAAGAGAUGGAAUUUUGGGAAGCAAGUAACAGCAAUGUUGCUCUCAUGGCGAAAAAUAACUAUGUCGUCAACAAGGUUGUAGCUCUUGUUUGCCAAAAUUUCGCUUGUAGCCCCCCUGUGACUGAUCGUUUGUCACUUGAAGCUUUGGUCUCCAAAAAACCUUCCUCUUCGUUAACAUAA